CUGUUCAUUUCCCACCCCCCCUCCUCCACUCCCACAUCAGCCUCCGUGUCAGCAGCAGCAGCAGCAGCAGUAUAUCCAGACAAGUAGAUGCUGCCUGCACCGAGCACAGACAACGCAGACGAGAAGUCAUUCUAACCUCUAAAUACUGUGACGACCCAUCUGAGCUCCAGGGGUCAUUUUGCCGGGGUGGGAGGAGGUAACUAGGUUGCCUAAAAGUUGGGGAGGGGGGACUUGUCCCCCCUGUCCCUUCCAUUGUUUGCUCCUAUGUCUGUAGCAAGCGAGCACUGCUCCUUUUUGAUGUUGUACUGAGCUAUGCGCAUGCGUGGCACUUCAGAAUUACUGCACUGGUCACAAUAAGUUGGAUGUCUUCUGCUCUUCACCUAAAUCAUAUCAAAAAGCUAAAGGGAUGUUGAGAAUCAAGAGAAAAGGUUACGUCGGGAUCUGGUCAUUCCAAGUUAUAAUUGCAAUGGUCUGUGCACAGAGUGCCAAUGAUCCCAGCAAUAUGUCACUGGUUAAGGAGACCGUUGAUAGACUCUUGAAAGGCUAUGACAUCCGUCUGAGGCCAGAUUUUGGAGGUCCUCCUGUGGCCGUUGGCAUGAACAUAGAUAUCGCCAGUAUAGACAUGGUGUCGGAAGUCAACAUGGACUACACACUGACAAUGUACUUUCAGCAGGCUUGGAGGGAUAAAAGACUUUCAUAUUCAGUGAUUCCUUUAAAUUUGACCUUGGACAAUAGAGUGGCAGAUCAGCUCUGGGUUCCUGAUACAUACUUUUUAAAUGACAAGAAAUCUUUUGUGCAUGGUGUUACAGUGAAGAAUAGAAUGAUUCGUCUUCAUCCCGAUGGCACCGUACUGUACGGUCUAAGGAUAACAACUACUGCUGCAUGCAUGAUGGACCUUCGAAGAUAUCCCCUAGAUGAACAAAACUGCACAUUAGAAAUUGAAAGCUAUGGCUAUACCACUGAUGACAUUGAAUUCUACUGGCGAGGAGGCAACCAUGCAGUAACAGGAGUUGAUAGAAUAGAAUUGCCACAGUUUUCCAUUGUAGACUAUAAACUCCUCUCAAAAAAUGUUGUCUUUUCCACAGGUUCCUAUCCACGAUUAUCUCUUAGUUUUAAGCUAAAACGAAACAUUGGAUAUUUUAUCCUGCAGACAUACAUGCCUUCCAUUUUGAUCACAAUUCUCUCAUGGGUUUCUUUCUGGAUCAACUAUGAUGCAUCCGCUGCUCGGGUUGCCUUAGGAAUCACAACUGUACUGACAAUGACCACCAUCAACACUCACCUUCGGGAAACACUACCUAAAAUUCCUUAUGUGAAAGCCAUUGAUAUGUACCUCAUGGGUUGCUUUGUGUUUGUCUUCAUGGCCUUGCUGGAAUAUGCAUUGGUCAACUACAUAUUUUUUGGUAGGGGGCCACAGAGGCAAAAACGGGCAGCAGAAAGAGCUGCAAGUGCCAACAAUGAACAGAUGCGGAUGGGAAUGGGAAUGGGGAUGGGUAUGGAUGUUAAUAAGAUGGAUCCACAUGAAAAUAUUUUACUAAGCACACUAGAAAUUAAGAACGAGAUGGCGGCAUCAGAAGCUGUAAUGGGGCUCGGUGAUCCAAGAAGCACUAUGCUGGCCUACGAUACCUCCAGUAUCCAGUACCGAAAAGCUGGAUUACCACGACAUAGCUUUGGACGGAAUGCCUUAGAACGACAUGUGGUUCAAAAAAAAAGCAGACUACGGAGGCGUGCAUCUCAGUUGAAAAUAACCAUUCCCGACUUGACUGAUGUAAAUGCUAUAGACAGAUGGUCACGCAUGAUCUUUCCAGUGGUUUUUGGAUUCUUCAAUGUAGUCUACUGGCUCUAUUAUGUGAACUAAGACUAAAAAGCCAUACAGUAGACAAAAACUGGAUGUCUCUUCGGAUUAUGUGUGAAACCAGAAGUGGGGCUUAGAAAAUAACAUUCAGGACACAAGCUAUUUUCAAACACCUUAGUUGCUGACACCAUCCUACUGUAUGCUGUACAGAUCCAUUCUAGACUCAAUAGAGCUACGACAACACCCUUUAAUUUUUUUUUUGAGUGUUAAGUUUAUUUUAUAUAUGUUAUAAGGCUUUUCCUGGUGUACACGCAAGUGCAUUGAAGUGAGAUGCUAAAGCAAUUGGUCAUUUUUAAACUUAUCCAGACUCAACUAUACAUUGCAUGGUUUGAUUGAUGCUUUUCAAGACAUUUCAACUGGAAAUGUAACAGCUGUGGAUGAAACGGAAUAAUAGUAUUGGAAUUGAAAAUUUUUUAUUUUACCCUGAUUUGAUGGAGACAAUAAGGACCUGACACAAUAUUUCUCCUUAAUUUAUUAGUCCACCUUUUAAACAACUUAAGGGGUAUUCCCAUCUUAUAAAGUGAUGACUUAUCACUAAGAUAUCAAGAGGGUUCAAAGGGGUGAAGCGUUCAAAGUGGUGCUUCUAUCCACCAAGCUGUGCAAGGAACUGCAACUGGCCUUAUUCAUUUUAAAGGGAAUGUAUCACCUAUGUUUUACUGAUUAGAACCAGAUACUGAAACAUGUUCUUUUUUUCUAAUCUGUUUCUAUUUUCUUCUUGUAAGUUUUUUAUUUGUACAUUAUUAAUGGGGCAGCCAUCUUCUCUGAGCUGUUUUUAACAGCAUUUAGAUAUAUGCUUUACAGCAGGACCCAUGGACAUAAACAAUUGACAGAACCUGUUCCAUAAAUUGUAAACAUUACUGUGCAUAUUCUGUGAUCUUUUCAGAGGUCAUUCUACAUGGAGGGGGAUGUUGAGUGCUAAGCAUUAUCUAUUGUAUGUAACUCUGUUAUCUAUAUACUGGUGUCACCUUUUACUAGACUUCUUUGGAUAUAAUCUGUAUAGAACAGAGAGUCUCAGCUUAGUUUAAGGCCUAGGGGCCAGAAUGGAAACUGGAAGGUUGCAGGAUUAUUUUAAAAUAUAGAUAUCAAAAAUGUAAAAAUGAUUUAAAAAAAGAUCCUCCGAAAAUUCUUUAAAAAAUCUGGUUAACAUAAAAACCUGAUUUAAAUAAUAGAUCAUUUUCCGAUUACACAUUCCGUUCAAUUGAGCAAUGCCAUAGGUCUCAUGCACAGCCAGGCACAACUCAUAAUGGUGAGAGUCUCAAAGGUCCGAGCAGUAUGGCAAUAAUUUAUAAGAUGGGAAUUCCACUUUAAGGCCUUGAAGAUUAUAUUGAUGCAAUGCAAGUUGGCCUUUCUCAACUUUUUUUUUUUCUUGGCAAGAUACCUAAACAAAGAGGGAAAAGUUAAAGUUCAUGGGCUCCAAUGCUAAAUUGUAAGAGGGAUCUUACAUUAAAUGUACCAUUUAUGUUCCUGAUGUCUUCUUUUAUAUAAGAGGGUCCUUUGGCUCCUUUGGGUACCAAAGACCAUGUACAACUGCUGCUUCUCAACCUCCUAAAGAUACACCCCUGUCCCAUAUGGAUAAUCAGUCUUUAUGGAAUAAUGAAAGGCAUUUAUCAAAACUGAAAUAGCUUUUAGUUCUGUUUAGAAGAAAAAAAGUUUAGAUGAAAAGUGGCGGCAGUGCACCAAAUUUAUCAAUCGGCCCACAGACUUUGAUAAAUGCCCGCUGAACUGCUCUGGUUAAAUGUUGCAGAACAGUGGCAGGCCAUGCGACAAUUGUAUUAAAAGUCGCACGGACCAUACUAUAAUUGUCGCAUAGAGUGAUAUAGGGCAGGGUUGAAUUGCCCUGUGAUUUCUUCUAUAUCUGGUCCGUGCGACUUUUUUGCGGCUUUCCGCAGAAAAGUUGCACAUGAUAAAUUAGUGCCCAUUGCACAAAGUGAUCUAAAUGAGAUCACUUUGUGGUCAGAAAAAUUAAACAGUAUAGAUUAAAUGUUGCAGAAAACAAGCCUGCGACUUUUCCUGCCACAAAUUUAGAUGAAAAAAGCUGUCUAAACAGCUUGAUAAAUUCCCCUCAUUGUGUCUCCAGUUUAUUCAUGCAGUAUUGAUAGUGAAACUCAAAGGAAGAUGCAAUGGUUUCUCUUUCUAUAAGUUCUGUAUAUCAUGCCCAUAUGCACAGAUAUCCUAUUACUAAACAGGAAUCAGGUUGAGUUUCCAUUUCACUGCAUCUUUCUGUCUAAAAAUUUCAUUGAGGCAAAAAUACACUAAAUCUAAUCAAUCUGCACAGGUCAUUUGUAAGGAAUGUUAGAUAAGGAAAUGUGAAAAUUAUGGUUUUGAAUAUUGUGGCACAGUCUAACAGAAAACCACACUAUGUUAAGAUAGCAAAAACAUUUUAUAGGUGUUAUAUUCACAUUUUACCUUCAAGAAGAAAAAAACUGUAUUAUAGAAUAAGCAGUAUCCAGGUAACAUAAUAUUAUGUCUUUAAAAAGAAAGGCAACUUUGAACUGUGUAAACUAUUAUCAUAUUUUGAAUGGAUUUGCCAGAUCAACAUGUGUUCAAUGUUGCUGUUUUUUUUAUCAGCUUUUAAUGCAAAAGGGCUGCCAUCUCUCACACCAUAAUACCAAAUCUAUACAUUUCAACACAGAAAGAAAAAAAUGACAAAAGAUCUGGAGAAAGCAUCAAUGGAACUACGUGCAAAAAUGUUGGUUUGCAUCAAUGAAAAAGUGAAGGCCUAUUGCAGUAUAUGAUAAUUUCAUGUAAAUUAUUGUUUUACUUGCAACGUUAAAGGCUAUAUAUACCUUUUGAGUAUUUGCUUUGGCACACUGUAUGCAUUAUUUGAAAUAAAACAUUUCUGAAAUUGGUUUUUAUUCCUUUUUUCAGAAUUGUUCUGCAGUUUGCAUGUAUUACAGUGCACUACAUAGGUUUAGUCAUCAUGAUUUUUUUACUUCAUAGUCCUUAAACCUUUUCGUCAAUAUGCAGUAAAAGCCCAGCAAGUCCCACCUAUCUUCUCUUAUUCAAUGGCUUUCAAGCCUGCUUGUAUAUGUCUACCACACUUAGGUUAUGAAUUAAAGGAGAUGAGGUUGACUCAUCUGAGCUCUCACCAUGCUGGGGUACACAUCCUGGGCCUUUAAGCCUCAUUGGCAUAUUAACAAAAUGGCUUAUGUCUCACCAGUGGAGAGAACUAUUAAAAAAGAUAUGCCCAGAAUUGUGAGAAGCCAUAUCAAGCCAUAAGCUUAUUUACACCCCUUUUUUGCUGCCGAUAGGUCAGCUUUAAUAGAAUUUAGCAGCUUGCAGAUACGGAAAAUAGUGAAAACCAAUGGCAAAAGUGUUUUAUUCCAAGUUAUCUAUAAUUUCAUCUAUAAUUAACAAAAUGCAAAGGUGUUAAUAAACUUUAACUUCUAUCUGGUCAAAACUAAUGUUUAUGUCCUUUAAAAGAAUUUUUUCUUAAUUAAGUUCAAUGCAAACCUUUAAAUCUAUGCCUUCAAUAUUGUACAUUCAUUGUUCUAGAGAAUAUCUCGCUUCCAUUAUUCAUUUUUUCAUUUUGUUUUUAUACACUCAUAAACUUGAAAAAAUGUUGUGCCUCACAUUGAUUUUCUUUUCAAUAUCAGUGACCAAAAUCUACCACACUGCUAACGUUUUUCCUGUAUAAACUUUUCUAUCGUGCAAAUUAUAUUAAUAAUAUAUGCCACUGGAAGAUGAAAAUGUGUUUAGGGAAUUUGUAUAGUCUGUAUGCUACAUAUACUGAUGAUAAGGGAUAAGAUAUAAUGAGGAGGAGGAUAACUAUCAGAAGUAUUAUUUAUUUAUUUAAUAUAUUUACAUAAAUAGGGCUGAGACUGUUCCACAAGCCAUAUACCAUAAUCCUUGAAUAAUGUCUAUAAUGGUUGGCCACUAAAAGGAUUUUAAGGGCAGUGGUUGGCUCAGUAACUGCCAAGUAUAACUUUUAGUAAUAUACAUUAAGUUUGAAUAUUCUCUACUUAAAGACAAUCAGGGUAGGAGUGACUCAGAAUACAGGAUCUUCCUGUAGAGCCCAGGCUCUAGCACAAUAAAAACCCAAAGGUCCAGCAGAUGACAACAAUAUUUGGAGCUGACACAAAUUGCCUAUUUUACCUCAUUUUGUGUGUGUGUGUGUGUGUGUGUGUGUGCAAUGAUAAAAUAUACAAUGCAGACAAAUUGUCACAGCAAAGUGAUGUCUUUUUUAGGCAGGCAGGCCCUGCAGAGUCCUUUCUGUAGUGAGUUCCUCAGAACUUUUUUUUAUGCUGGGCCCAAGAAAUCAAAUGUUACUUACUUUGGGGAAUAACUUUAAAAUGGGGAAUGAGAAACAAAAAAACGAGAACCAUCACUGGUUGUUCAUAACCAGCAAUUGCCUGACAAAAGAUGAAUUACUUAAAGGGGUUUUCCGGUGCUUAGACAUCUUAUCCCCUAUCCAAAGGAUAGGGGGAAAGAUGCCUGAUCAUGGGAGUCCUCCCGCUGGGGACCCCCGUGAUCUUGCACGCGGCACCCCGUUUGUAAUCAGUCCCCGGGUCUGAUUACCGGCGACCACAGGGCCGACGGCGUGUGACGUGACGUCACACGCCGUCGGCCCUGUGGUCCCUCAUUCCUCAUUCCCUCCGCUCCCAUGUGACGACGCCUCUGCCCCGCAAUGCAAGCCUACGGGAGGGGGCGUGAUAAGGCUUGCAAGAUAACGGGUAUCCCCAGCUGCGGGACUCCCGCGAUCAGGCAUCUUAUCCCCUAUCCUUUGGAUAGGGGAUAAGAUGUCUAAGCACCGGAGUACCCCUUUAAAAAGGGUCAGGGUAUGUUAUAAAAUAAAUAAAGAAUAGAUAUUAUUUACCUAAACUCCACUGGUACAAUUUGGCUGGUGUAUGUGAUCUCACAGCUCUCUGCUUCUUGUUAAUAUAUUGAUCUAUUGCUGUUUGGGCAUAACUUCCUUGUCGAGACCAGGAAGCAUUGACAAGCGGGGACCUGAGCACCACUGGCAGCUUAAUGGGAUCAGGAAAGUGAGUUUUUUUUCCCUACCACCCUGAUGCUGGAGAACCCCUUUAAGAUAAUCAGUCAUACCAAGUUUGUGGUGUAUGUGCUAUGAUGUGACCAUGCUUUUAUUAAAAUGUCUACAGGUUCAUGUAUAGUGUACACUUCAAAAUAUUUUCCCAACAUAUACACCAAAGAUAAGAAAGUCCUAAAACUGCUGUUCUACUACAUUCAGAUGCAGCCGGCAUUAAACUAAUACUGUUAAUGUACAACAAGCUACAGGCUGUUAACUCAACCCCUUGCCACAUGUGUAUAUUACCUAUGACUUUUUUCUCACUUCAUGUGUUUACAUUAUGUAGAUUAAUCUUAACUUUGGCAGUGGAACCAAUGUCAGAAGCUAAAGCUUUUUUCAAUAAUAUUACAGUCUUUUAUACCGUGGCUUGCAGUAAUGUCUGCAUCAUAGAUUCUGCUGAAUGAAAAAGCAAAUGGAAGCGGAAAUAUGAUUAUAAACACUUGGAAAGAAUUCAUGUAAUAUAUUGCUAUGACCUUAUCAAAUAGAUUUCCUCCAUAUUGAAAUUAUUUGUCACACAAUUAUGCAAUUCAUGCCCUACAUGCAGAACUUGUAGCUUUUGGUCAUGGUAUUCUAAAGAUGAUUCAGAGUUAAACCACUUAUUGUUAACUUUAUUAAACAUGAAAUAUUGACUUGUAUUGUAACAUGCUUGAGAAUCCUACUGUUCAUGGACUGCAUGCAUUCACUGUACACUAGAAUGUGAACUUAGAAUUACCAUAGAAAAAAAAAAGACAGAAUGUAAACUCAUAAAUAGAAUGUACAUGUUGUAGCUAAUCUGUUUCCUUAACCAAGUGCCACAUAUAUCAGCUUUGCCUGCUUUAUUAAGAUAAGGGACUGUAUCAGCUCCUUACAUAUUGCAUGUUAGAAUUAUUGCAGGGCUCUGUGCAUAGGGUACAUUUUGUAACAAGUUUAUAAUUCGGAAACAUCAUGAUUCCUGAUUCUAGUUUCAACUCAACUUCUUCCACCAACGCUUAGAUUCAUUCAAGGAAAUGGCUUAAAAAAAAUACUAAGGCAUGCUAUAUUUUUCUGGUGCAUAAACGCAUAUUUGUAUAUUUUGUGUUAAGUAACAUCUAUUGUCACAUACUAGAAGAAAAUGUAUUUAUUUAUGUAUUUAUGUAUUUAUUAAUAAUUUUCUCCACCCAUCUCCUACUCCUAUAGAAUUGAAUUGUAUUUAUUUUUGUUUUAAUAGAAAAGAUUGUCUAGUUUAUUUUACUUAAUUAUUUUAUUUAUGAAAUUUUUAUUGAUAGAAGACAACAUAUCAUACAUCAUAGCAACACAUACAUUUCGGUAUAUUUACAGGAGAAAACAUAUCAUACAUCAGAACAACACAUACAUUGCGGUAUAUAUUCAGAUAACAUUAGAAUAAUUAAAGUGGACGUGACAUGACAUGACAUUCCAUUUCAACAGUCCUUUAUUAAUUUGUUUUAAUUUAAUAACAUUUUUGCAAUAUUUCUAGCUUAUAUCACUUAUUUCUUUAUGCAUUUAUUUAUUUAUUUGUUUAUUUUGGUAAUUCAGUUGUACGUUCAUGUUAUUAUAUCACAAAAUACUGGCUUCCAUAAACCUAUUAUUUGGGGCUGAAGAUAUUAUAUCCAAAUAAGCAAAAGGGCACAGAGUCAUGUACACAUAGGCUUUAUGUUGUCAAUUGAAUCCUAGUGCCAUUUUGCCAAAUUCUUUUUGCAGCUUAUACACACAACCUAAACAUUGUACAGACCUUUGAUAUACGCUAAUGCAUGAACCCUAAGUCUGAGGUUAUUCCAUAUAAGCCUAGCUUAGCAAUGCAUAUAACUAUAGUAGGCCUUAAAAUACUUCUAUAUAUGUCUUUCUUUGAUUGAUAUAAGCUGUAGUGUCCAUCUACAAAUUAAAGGUAGUUUUGUUUGGGCCACUAUUUGCUUUACAAUGAGAGUUGGAUCAAUCAAAAUCUCAAUGACCAGACAAAGCCAUAUUAUAAAGGAAACAUGCGUACUGUUCCCAUUCAGGCAAAACAACACAUAUUGGAAACAUGCAUUGUCAAUUCAAUUGCUAAGACAAAUGUUGUGCAAUCUGACUAUCUAGCAAAUAAGGUGUUUUUCAUUGUUACAAUGUCAGAGGCAGAGCUUAAAAUACCCAUCGGGGGUGUUAGCAGGUUUGCAACGUGUUGCAGAGCAAUAUGCUGAUGACCUUUCCAAAAGUAUAGUUUAACUAUUGACUUGUUUUAUGGUACAGCUUUAAAGAAACCUUUAAGAUGUGUCUGUAAAUACUUAUUGUAAAUGACUGCUAGCAAGUAUGAUAAUAUGCAUCUCCUGAUUGAAAAAAAUCCAAUCAUCAUGUGUCUGUGUUUUCAUGAAGAAUUUUUUGUUUAUAUUUAAUACAAAUGCAGGGUAUUACUGGUUAAAUUAUUUUACAAUGUCUAUAGUUAUAUCCUUUCACAUUCUUAACUAUAUAUAAAUAUAAAUGUAUGUAAAGAGGUUAUAAAAUGAUAGAACAUUUUUUUACAUUAAAGAUAGAUAUAUAUAAAUAUAUAAUUAUAUAUAACAUGUAUUUAAUUUAUGAAUAAAAGCACAAACUACAUAGCAACAAAUAGAUCAUUACAUAAUACACUAACCCCAUAUAACAAUCAUAAUUGAUUUGAAUAGAGCUCCCGAAGGGCAUCAAAUCCAGUGUUGCAUCUCAAUCACUAGCACGGUACUUGAAAUGUAGUUGGUAAAUAAUAUACAUAUCUAAGUGUGUAUAUGUAUUAAGAACAGUGGCUGAUCACAGGAAUAAGCUAAUAAAUAAUUUUAUAUGGCUAAACAAAUACAGGAUCAUUUUUGGUUUGUGAUAUAGGGGUAAAAGAAGAAAUAUAUUAAUCAUAUCCUGUAAAUUGGGCAUUCUACAUCAUUGUAAAUGGCAAACAAAUACAAGAUACCUUAGAAUUAUAGGAAUCCCAUUGCAUCGUUCAUUAGAAUAGUCUAUUCAAUGCUUGUUUGUUUCCUAUUUUUUUAUAACAAUGCUGAUUACCAGUGAAAUAAACAAUACAUAAAACUUCUUUAACUACCAAGAGAAGCAAAAAUAUGAAGAUUUUUAGAAACUAAGUAAAAGCGAUCUAUACUGUAUAUGAAGAUACACUGUAAUUGUAGUGAUGCAUUACAUUUUGCUAUAUGUAUAUAGGUCAUACAAUGUGGGCAUCCAUUUAUGCUGACCAUUUGUAAAUAUCAGAGAUUUCUUAAAACAUUUUUAAAUUCUUAUUUGUACCUACUGGCAAGGCAAAAUAUACUGUAGCACAGUUAAAGUGUUCUAGCUUAAUUGUAAAUAAUGAAAAGUGCUUUCAUUUAUUGGAUAAUGGCUUUUUGUUUUCACAUUGUUUGGUUUGCAUAAACAUAAAACUGCUUUGAUUUAGUACUUUGGUUGUUUUUUUUUUUUUAUUUUUUUUUUUUCGAACUGAGCUUUUGUUUGAAUGGAGGUUAUAAGGUGACAAGUUCCUUUGUCACCUCAAAUAAACUUACUACCAUAGUGGAAUAUAAGCUGGUCUAUAAAAAAACAGGGACACAUGCGCUGUGGACCACUGUGUCUUAUUACACAGUGAUUUUAGCGCUGACAGAGAGGAUAGGCGUGGUGGCGGAGUUUUGCGAACCCCAAGCCACGCCUAUCCCACUGUGAGUGACCACAGAAAAUAAAGAUUUUAAACAUGAUAAAAGAUGAAGAAGCCAAGCCAUAUAGUACAUCAGUACUAUAUUGGUAGCAGUCUUGGGGAUGAAAAAAUAGUGACAGAUGCGCUUUAAGAUUUUAUUAUAGCUAAUCAUGGUUUUUUAACUACUUUUAAAAUAAAUUAUAAAAUUGGAUAGAUUGAAUCAUCCUUUUUUUCUUUUAAAUAGACAUAAGUAAAAGGGAACCUAACAUACCCCUUCCCGUCUGAUAAAUUUGAUGUAAACUAUAGGAUUUAUUAGUAUAUUAUGUGUAUAUACAUAUAUAUAUAUAUAUAUAUAUAUAUAUAUAUAUAUAUAUAUAUAUGUCAUUACUUUUGCCUCACAUUGUUUAAGAGCUGGUAUCAAGAAUAUUUAUGGGUUAUGUUACCUUGACCCUUCAACUGACCAAAUCCAAUUCUGGUAAUUAUUUUAUAAAUAUUAUUACAUUAAAUAAGCCAAAUCAUAAUAAUACUAUAUUUAAAGUUUAUGGUCUCCAAAUGCUUUAUUUUUUUUUUUUUUAAAUGCAUCAUUAAUGGAAAAUUGAAAAAAGGUAGCAAUUUUAUUUAUCCUUUAUAUUCUGUGAAACACAUUGAAAACGUUUAAACUCAUAAGCAGAGUAUUAAUCUGAAUGUUUGUAGUGAUUAAUAGGUAUACAUUUUUCUAUUUUAAAAUGUCUAUGUGGUAACAUGUUUUAAAAUGUCUAUGUAAGUAAGAUAAUUGUGGAUGUAGCCUAUCUCCGAAUGUGAUAUUCUUUGAUGUUAUCAUAAGGUAUGCAUCUUUUAAAUGCUUAGCAAUUUCUUUAAAAAAUCGGUACCCUGAAUUAUUCAACUUUUUUUAUUUUUUAUUUUUAAAUCUUGCCCAUAGCUAAAGUUAAAAUAACUUAUUUGGAAAUGUGUGAUUUGGUAAAGCAUAAUUCCUUAAUAUGGUAAAAUAAACUCGAUAUAUUGAUAUUUAGCUUUUGACAUGACAAUGUAAAAAAAGCCACAUUCACUGUAUUAACCCCUUAACGAUCACAGAUGUAAAUGUAUGUCCUGGUGCGGCAGUACUUCACACACCAGGACGUACAUUUACGUCCUGUACAUGACCGCAAGCAUCGGAGCAGUGAUCGGGUCAUGUGCGGCAGGUCCCGGUUGCUUAUAGCAGCCAAGGACCCACCGGUAAUGGCCGACAUCAGCGAUCGGCAGAUGUCUACCGUUAACCACUCAGAUACCGUGAUCAGUACAGAUCACGGCAUCUGCAGCAGUGUGGCUACAUCUUAUGCUGAUCUGAUUGCCCGCAGCAUGGCCAUGGGGAUCAGAAUAGCUAACAUGGUGGACCGAGACUUCUUCUACUCUGGUCUGAGAUCGAGCAGAUCAGAGCAGAAGAUAGCCGAUAAUACUGAUCAGUGUUAUGCCCUAUGCAUAGCACUGAACAGUAUUAGCAAUCAACUGAUUGCUAUAAAUAGUUCCCUAUAGGGACUAUUAAAGUGUAAAAAAAAUGAAGUUUAAAAAAGUUAAAAAUGUUUUAAAUAUCACCUCCCCCAAUAAAAAUGUAAAAUGUCCCUUUUCCCCAUUUUACCCCCAAAAAGUGUUAAAAAAAUUAAACAAUAAGCAUAUAUGGUAUCACCGCGAGCGUCCGAACUAUUAACAUAUAAUGUUAAUGAUCCCGUACGGUGAACGGCGUGAACGUAAAAAAAAAAUACACAAUUGCUGCUUUUUUGUAUCAUUUUAUUUAAAAAAAUGUAUAAAAAAUGUAUUAAAGUGUUAUAUACACAAAUGUGGUAUCAAUAAAAAGUACAGAUCACGGCACAAAAUAAUUUGCCCUCUUACCGAAGUUUAUACGGAAAAAUGAAAAAGUUAUAGGUUGUCAAAAUAGAGGGAUUUUAAAAGCAUUAAUUUGGUUUAAAAAGUUUGCAAUUUUUUUAAGAGCAACAAUAAAAGAAAAGUAUGUAAUCAUGGGUAUCAUUUUAAUCGUAUUGACCCAAUUAUAUGGUGUGAAAACGAAACCUUCCAAAAUUUGCAAAAUUGCGGUUUUCUUUUAAAUUUUCCCUUACAAAUAGUUUUUUUUUGUUAUUGCGCCAUAUGGUAAAAUUUGUGGUGUCAUUGUAAAGGACAACUGGUCGCGCAAAAAACAAGCCCCUAUACUAGUCUGUGGAUGAAAAUAUAAAUGCAAAAAUAAAAUUGGCCUGGUCCUUAAGGUCAAAAUGGGCUUGGUCCUUAAGGGGUUAACUAAAACACAACUAUUAUUAAAAAUAGAAGUAGCAAUAUGAAACCCAAACUCUAUAUUUCAGAAAUAGAGAAGCCAAUGUUUAAAGGUCCUGUCUCAUAAAGGCAACCAAUGUUCAUAUGGAGGGCAUACUCACUUAGUAUUUACUCAUAUAAGCCAGAACAGGAAGCUGCUUUGUACAAAUGGCUUCCUUCUAAAGGACCGGAGUCUUUUUUUUUUAGAACUUGACAAUAAAUAAAUAAAGCCAAUUUUAUUUAAACGUUUUUGUGAUUUUUCUUUAUUUUUGUACAAACAUUUAUCUCUUCAUAUGCUGAAAAAGCAAUAGUGCAAUGAAAUGUGUUAAAAAAAAAGAGGGCUUCCAUAUUUUAUGCAUUCCCACCUUGUUUGAAAAUAAAAAGAUUUUGCAAAAAUGGAAAGUUAAAUAAUUUCAUGUGCAACUAUUAACUAUGUUGAGUCCUUUGUCAAUAUCUUUAGAUCAUAACAUAUAUUGAUUAACUAUCCAUUAUAUUAGAUUUUAAAAUAACUAUAUUUUUAAUAAUGCAUUCAUUUAUAACUCUUUCAACUUUAUAUGAUGAAAUUAUUUUUACAAUUAAUAGGGAUUAUUAUGUUUGUAAGGCCUAAAACACGCACAAGAAGUUUCUUGUCUUUGAAAAAUAACCUAACAUUUAUUCGAAUAUAGGCAAUAAAAAAAAAUAUAUAUAUAGACGGUAAUUCAUGAGACUUUGGAAAUAGUUUACAUCCACAGAGCUUUAAUUUACAUCAUCAUUCAUUGCUUUAUUGUUUAUAUUUUUUUACUUUUCUUAUGUGCACUUUUUUCUUUCAGUUUUUUUGAAGACAAAAAAGCAAAUAGAAACUAGAUUCCCAUUUAUCCUUCACAAAAGAGACUGCCAGCGUCAUAUAGAAUGGGGUAGUAAACGUAUGAUUGUAAAUUAGCAGCGCAUAAAAGAUAUUUUCUUGAAUUUAUUGCAGACAGUUGCAGCAUGUAAAUAUAUAACAAUGUUGGCUAGUGUGUAAUUCUUGACAUCCAAGAUACAAAUAAAGAACUAAAUUUAAAAACAA